AUGAAGGUUUUCGGGUGCCUUCGAACAACCAUUGAACACAUUCAAAUAACAGCUCCAACCGCAAGCCCCAACACUAAUGGAAUCCACAUUGGUUCAUCCACCAACACCAAGAUCUUCAACUCCUUGAUAGCCACCGGCGACGACUGUGUCUCAAUCGAUCUAGGGACGGAGAACCUUCAAGUGAGUGGCGUGACAUGUGGUCCCGGCCUUGGAAUCAGCAUCGGAAGCCUUGGAAAAUAUGCUAAUGAAGCUGAUGUUAAAAAUUUGGUCAUACAAAAUUGUAACUUGACUGGUACUGACAAUGGAGUGAGGAUCAAAACUUGGGCUCCUUCUCCUCCAAGUAUUGUUUAUAAUGUCACCUUUGAGAAUAUCAGCAUGAAAGAUGUCGUCAAUCCCAUUAUUAUUGACCAGCAAUAUUGUCCAUCAGGAGGUACUCAGGCUUUGUCCCAAGUUCAAAUAACUGGCGUAAAGUUAAAAAAUAUUUUCGGCACUUCCAAAAACAAAGUUGCAGUAAAUCUGAAUUGCAGCCCUAGUAAACCUAGCCAAAAUAUCGACUUAACAGACAUAGAUCUGAUUUAUAAUAGACAAGAUGGAGCUGCUACUUCUUCGUCUUUUAAUGCCCGUGGAAUCGCUAGAGGCUCUCAAGAACCUCCCUCUUGCUUAUAG